GCAAUCCACAUUUACUUUUCUCUCUUCACUUCAUUACCUUGGACUAGCUGGAGCAAGAUAAGCAGCUACCAUGCAAUCCACAUUUGUGUCUUCCGAAGAAGAAUUAUUUUUAGUGGUUUUUCUUGUCUUAAUAACUAAAUUCAAAUAACGGGGAAAAUAGAUGGUAUAUUGGCUUGAGGUAAUGCUUAUCAAUGUUGGCUUAUAAUCUCUGUGAAUCAAGGAACCCCUUUGUAGAAUAUGCAGUGCAAUAUGCUGUAGCUGCAGCCCUUGCGACAUUGGAAAAGGAUAAGAAGGAUUUGUUACACAAACUACUUUUACAAGGUCUUGACAUUACAAUCUUAGGUUGCAAUGACUUCUAUUCAUAUUGGAAUCAGGUUUUCAAUGCUUCUAGGUGGGGUUUAUCAUGUGAGAUUGGAAAAGGGAAAGUUGGCAGUGGUUUUGAUGUUAGUUCUGCAGUUUAUGGUAGUCAACGAUAUGUUCACUUUUCACCAGAAGUGCUUUCUUCUGCUCAGGUUUCUCUUUCUCUCCCUCUCUCUUUCUCUCUCUAUAUAUGCAAUUAUAUUUUGUCCUCGUAAAGUAUUAUUGAAUUCUUACCUUGCCCUUAAAGUUUAUUUUUCCCAAUUUGGUCUCUAAACUAUAUGAUCAUUCCCAAUUUGGCUCAAUUCCCAACUACCGUCCAAAUUAUUGACAUAAAUUUGCACGUGGCACUCUUUGGCCCUACAUGGCAUAUUAAAUAACCAUUCAUUUUGGUACAUGUAUGAUAGCAUUAGUGUUACACUUUGGCAUUACAAUUCAUCAAUGAUCACUGAUCAAAACAUAGCAUGAAAACAUUCAACUUGUCAGAUAUCAAGGGCUCUG